CAAAGUUGCCCAAGAGCUUCAUCUUACGACACAACCACCAUCAACUGCCGACCAUGGCCCGUCAACGAAAGGAAAAGUCUGUCAAGGAUAUUAAACUUGAGCAGCCAGAUCGAUCUGGUCCCACUAAGGAAACACUUGUCGAUUUCGCAAAGGGGCGUGAUCUAUUUGCAGAAGCUGAUCGAAGACAACGCGAGCUCAACGGCGAAGGUCCCCUCUUGUCCCCUCGAACAGAACGUAUCUUUGAGACAAUACUAUGGACUGGAGUCAUUGCAACCGUGCAUUUCACAUUCGAUGUCCUAGUACAGCGACAAUAUGCAAUGGAAGUUGAUUGGUUUGCUAUCGUCCAAAGGACUUUCACAGCCUGGCUUUUGUUCAUCGGCCUCUUUUACGUCUUGCAUCCACAUUACUCCCAUAAGUCAUUCUUUCCGCUUGUUCCGCAACAAUACCAAGAGACUGUUCGUCAGGCCAUAUUCUUUGUCGCGAGCACCGUAGGCGGCUGCUACCUCAUCCACAUCAGCAACAACUACGGAUACAUAGCAGUCAUGAAACAAGCUCCUCCUUUAGGCUGCUUGUGGGUAUGGGCCGUCGUCGAGAUGGACAUUCUUUGGGCGUUUCCGAGUUUAUGCAUUGCCGUUGCAUAUGCCUACAAGAAUGGAUAUGGUUUCCGAUAAACAAUCAAGUCUAUUCUGCUAUUGACUUGUUGGGCUUAAUUGCAUCUCCCAACUCAGACGUUGUGGCGGGACCGCCAUCCUCAGCCGACUCGGUUGACUCGUUGCUCUUGACUGCGAGAUCUGUCAAGGUCCCGGCCCUCGAUAGGCCAGAUCGAUCACGAUGUGUCAACCGGCUCACCAGGUCUUCUAAUCGAUGGAUCCUAUCCCUCUGGCUCUCAACUAACGACUCGAGUUUGCGCGAGCUCUCAUCCAUCUUCAUCUCUCGCCAUUUCGUCCUAGAUUCCAGAUCUCGUAAUCGAGAUGAGAUCAUGCUCAUUUGCAUGAAUUGCACUCUCGCAGUCAGACCUUCUCGCUGUCUCACUAGCUCCAACGCUUUCGUCCUCACUGGCAGCCAUGCCAUGGCCACUGUUCCUCCGUCUCAGCGACAAUAUCGAGAAGACGCUGCUCCAGAUUCAAUAGAUCUUCCAUAACAAAGUUGUACAUCUGAUAUUCGGGUUGCUGUGUAUGGAAACCUUCAUGCUGGGCAUUUAUGGCUGCUACGAGAUCCGCCAGCCAAGUAGAUUCAGUUUUGUACCACGACAAAGAUGUUUUGACACGGAAAUACUCAUCGUCGCUAUUUCGAAGGAAUGUCAGACGAGCAUAGAAUGCUGCAGCAAUGGCGACGACAAAGGUCAGCAUGCCCGCAACGUUGGCGCUUAUGGAGAGGGGCGAGUCUUGCUGGCCAUCACUGGAGUCCAUUGAGCCUCACAGGUCAGGCAGAGGGUUGAGGGCGAGCGUAAGAGUCCUGGUAUAUGUUACGGAGAAAGAAAUUCCAGCAAGUACAUUUUGAACGCCGUCAGUCAAUUACAUGGAGUGUUGAGUAGAGCCUAAAGAUCCAGUCGAGCUGACCGGGAGAGCUGAAACCCCUGUAGCUAUCAUCUCAUUCACGUGAUACUGCACGUGAUGCCGAAUGAGACUCCUUUCUUGUUACAAUUACAAACUUCUUAACGUAACGUAAUGGUGAAUAAGGAGGGCAUUGGAGAGGAAUCAGGCUCAAUAGAAGACAUGGGCAAACGGUG